AUGCAUCCCGGCGUCCUCCACCGUCGCUUCCUGAGCGACCUCUCGACGUCGCUCUUCUCCUUUGUCCUCCCGCUCCUCCCCACGAGCGAGGAGCUCACCAUCAAAGAGGAGGUGCGCACGCUCAUUGAGAAGCUCAUCAAGACGAUUGAGCCCAGCUCCCGUUUGCUGUCCUUUGGCAGCAGCUGCAACUCGUUUGGUCUGCGGAAUUCGGACAUGGACCUCGUGGUCCUCAUCGACGACCCGGACGCGGGCCUCGAUGCCUCGACGUUUGUCCAGAUGAUCGGCGACCUCCUCGAAAGGGAAACCAACUUUGACGUCAAGCCCCUGCCCAAGGCGCGCAUACCGAUCAUCAAGCUCAACCUCGCUGCGUCCCCCGGCCUCCCAUAUGGCAUUGCAUGCGACAUUGGCAUUGAGAACAGGCUAGCGAUCGAGAACACUCGUCUGCUCCUCACCUAUGCGACCAUUGACCCUGCGCGUGUCCGCACCCUCGUCCUUUUCCUCAAGGUCUGGGCCAAGCGUCGCAGGAUCAACUCGCCGUACCGUGGCACUCUGUCGUCUUACGGCAUCACCCUCAUGGUGCUGUACUUCCUGGUGCAUGUCAAGCAGCCGCCUGUGCUGCCCAACUUGCAACGCAUCGCACCUGUCCGCCCCAUCACCGAGGAGGAGAUGAUGCUCGAGGGCCGCAACGUCUACUUUUUCGACGACGUCGAGAUGCUCCGCCAAGAAUGGUCGUCUGUCAACUUUGAGAGCGUUGGCGAGCUUUUGAUCGACUUUUUCCGCUACUUUAGCCACGACUUCCAGUUCAACACCAUGGUCCUGUCGCUCCGCGCAGGCCCCCUGACCAAGGAGAGCAAGGGCUGGACCAACGACAUUGACAUGGCUCGCGACCGCAACCGUCUCUGUAUCGAGGACCCGUUCGAGAUUACAUACAACGUUGCGCGUACCGUCACCAAGGACGGCCUGUACACCAUCCGUGGCGAGUUUAUGCGUGCCACGCGUAUCCUCACCCAGCGCCCCGAGCGCGCCGUCCUCGCCCUCGCCGAGUUGUGUCGCGAGCGCGACGACGAGCUCCUCCGCGCACCACGCUCCGCGUCGCCUGCUCCCCGUACCCUCAACGUCCGCGCCCCGUUUAACAGCGGCAGCACCCCCGGCUGGAGGAGUCAGUCGCAGCAGCCCCACGACCGCUACCAGGGUGGUGGCCGCGACGGCUAUGAGCGUCAUGAGCGUCAUGCACCCCCGCACAACGGCCCGUCGCCCGUCAACGACGGCCCCUCGCACGCUCGCCGCGGACGGCAAAGCGACACUGGACCUGGCUCUAGCGCCGCCGGUUCGGACAUGUCCAACGACGAGAGGUGGCUCCAGUCGCACGCCGCUGCUGCCGGCGGCGGCCUGGGUCUUGGCGGCUUCAACGAGGCGUCCAUCCCAGACUUUAACAGCCGCGGACGCGACGUCGCCCCCGUGUCUGUUCCCCUGCACCGCCCGUCGCCUCUCGAGGCCAACAACUCGCGUUCCAACUCUGGUCGCCGGGGGACCACGUCGUACGACAACCCCAACGCGGUCGGCACCGUCUCGGCCCCACUGUCGCCGUCGCGCCUGUACGCUCAGCUGGAGAUCGGACGUGGUGCCGGUGCGGGCGCACCACAGUGGUCGACUGGAUACGAGUCGCAACGAGGAGGCGCGUUUGGCGCUCCUGGCGGUCCUACCAGCGCACACCCCGCCGGCCCGUCGACGUACGGCGCCGGGCAGGGCCACGCAGGCGGUGAUGCCCCCUCGGCUCGCGGCCGCGUUGUCUCGGGCAACCGUGACCUGUCCAUGCCCUCUAGCCAGCUGCACCUCUCGCACUCGGCCAACGAGCACGAGCCCGCCAGCCCCCUGCCGGCGUUUGCCCCCUUCUCCCCGCCUGUUCUGGCGACCUCGCUGCACCCCAACAGCGCCAGCGGAUCGGCUGGUAUGGGCACCAAGAACAACACCGAGGCGUUCAUCAGCCCCAGCACACUGCUCUCGCCCUCGCCCCAGGUACCGCCCUUGCCAGCAGACGGCAGCAAGGUCGAGUCCUUGGCCAAGAGCUUUGGCCAGCUGGGUGUGGACGUCGGCGAGCCCGCAAAGGCUGCCGAGAGCGCGGCGGCGGCGGAUGGCGCGGCGCCAUAG